AUGGUAAGAUCCGUGGGCAAUGUUGUUCGAGUUGGUGUCGAUCAAAUCGUUCCGGCUGGUAUCCUUCUACUUUCUUCAACAUCUCUUGAAAGUACCUGUUAUUUGGAAACUGCUGCCAUCGAUGGUGAGACAAAUUUGAAACAAAAGAGUGUUCUUACUUGUUUUCUGAAUAUGGCCAAUCCAGAAGAAUCCAGUUUUGAAUUACAAUGCGAUAAACCAAAUGAUGAUAUUUAUCAAUUUCAUGGGCGUUUACUAUUAUCCACGACAACCACUGUCUAUCCAUGUGAUAAUAAUAAUCUUCUCUUACGGGGUUGUGUUCUUCGAAUAACAGAUUAUAUUGAUGGUACUUUAUGCUGUAUAGAAGAAGAGGUGAUGGGAUGA